CGACUCUCGCCAACUGUGGGAUCGGAUAGCAAUUCUGAACAAUUUUCAACAACUUCCCAAUCUCUGCCUUCUCUGAAGGAAGACGCUAUGUUGCCCCCUAUGGAUGAGUCCGUGGUCAAUGAACUCUCUCAGCCAAACAUGCCGACUUUCCAGGAGUUCCAUGCAAAAGUUCUUGUAGAAAAUCAGAACAAACGACGCUUAGAUGAAACUGCCGGUACAAUUUCCGUUCAACCAGUCAAAAGUGCGGCAACUGACUCAAACCUCUUGAAUCAGCCCAACCAAUCAGCUGAGGAUUCUAGCCACUCUUCUAUUCCUGUAUCGUCGACUCUUCCUACUCUCGACGCUUCCACGAACUCUAUUCCCGCUUCUGAAAACGGGGGGAGUGCAAAAGGUUCCGGGGGGUCUUUUUCUGAUGUCAUCCUUCCCUCCAGCAUAUCGGAGAAUGGAAACGUUAACGGAGUGAAUGGAAAACGAAAUGGAGGUGAUGGAGCAGGUCAGGAGUUGAGGGUCAUGCGAAAUAUUGCAGCCUCAGAAUGUGGAGCUAAGCUUUUACAGGCUAGCCCUUCUGCUAAACAUUCUCAUGCUAUUCUUGUGGAUAAUAACGACGAGUAUAUGAAUCAGCCUUGCGUCUCCGAGAAGUGGUGGGUUGUUUCUUUAAAUGCGUUUUUUAUUAUUGUUGUCGAAUUUACUUCUUCUGGUUAA